AUGAAUUCGUUUCGCAUCCUUCGGUUCUUCUCUUGUCAGCAACAAGCCGAAAGGGAGCGGCAAGUCUUGGAAAUACAACAAGCAAAUGCGGCGCAACGCGAACGUAACAAAAAGGCGCGAGACGAGGCUAGGAGACGGCAAACAGAAGCCAAAAGGAAAGACGUGCUGCGAGCGAAGCAAGAGCAUGCGCUGGCUGCCGAGCAGAGACGCCAGUACGAUGAAGAACAACAAGAAUACAACAUUCAGCGUUCACAGCAAGUCCGCAGAGAACACCAGCAAUCACGCGAGCGGAGACGGCUUGAACAGGUGCAGUCAGACACAAGGCAAAUAUCAGAGAUGUUAGCAGUAUUGAAAGACGUGCUGCGAGCGAAGCAAGAGCAUGCGCUGGCUGCCGAGCAGAGAGUUUCUUUCCCUCCCCACCAUUACGGUGCCUACAAGAGCUUGCUGCCCUAG